CAGUGACCUUGCCGGUGCUCGGGGCUGUACUGUAGCGUACGUGCAUAGUGAGCUGAGCCGAGCCGAGCCGUGCGCGCCACCCGCCCUCCCACAGACGCCCAAAAGGGCGACGCUGCGAGCUUGCAAGGUCUCACCACUCACCGCAUCUUACCAUCAGGCUUUUUCCAAAUCGUCUCACCGCGGUAGACUUUUUCUCAGCUUUGCACAGAGCUGGCCUCCGUGCGAUCUCUUACUUUUUUUCAGCGCUGCUCUUGCUAACUUGCGACGCUGACAAUCCCAACAUUCGAUUCAAGCAUGAAGCUACCGCUCCCAUACCCUGUCGCGGCGCUCGGUAUGCUGCUCGCCGCUCCCUGCGUGCUGGUCACCGCUGUGCCCACCGCCCCGUUGGAGGCCCGCAACGGUCCCACAGGAGUAGUCGAGUCGCUUGGACACGAGCUGGGCGACGCCGGCAAGGAGGCGGGCAAGCUGCUCAAGAUUGGCGACACCCACUCUGAUUUCAAGCCGAUCCAGCACCACGACUCCGAUCUGGUCUUUAAAAAGAAAGCAAAGCACAGCAAGUGGGCGGGUGUGGCCAAGGGCGCUGCUGUCGGGUCAUUGGCUGGUGGCGCCUUCUUUGCGGGCAAGUGGUACGAGGACUCUCGACAGCUGGCCGCCAAGCGCAAGCAGGAAGCCAAGGAGAAUGAGCAGAUCAUGGAUUUCAUGAACCGCACCAUCUCGGGUCAGUGCCGUGGCUGCCGCGGUGCUUUGUCUCGCUCGUCAUCUCCUCUUGUCCACGUGCUGAUGCCCCUCCAUGCCUCUUCUCUCCCUGGCCCCAGGUUCAGGACCUUUCUCCUCUGCCAACAAGCAGCCAGGCAAGCAGCCAUGAGAGGGUUGCCGCGGGGCAGCCUGGGCGAUGACCAUUUCACAUUCCCAUUCAAUCUGUGAUCUCGAGUGUGUUGUCGCAGUCCCUGUUGUUGUAGCGCCAAGUGGCCACUUGAUGUGC